AUGGAAGAUGACAGCCUACUAUCUCUUAUGAGAAGUCCUCUACCGCCUUUGGAAGCACCAAGAUCGUCCCCUUCCCAAGUUGUUCGUCCGCCUGUGAUGUCAUUCGAGAUUCCAUUCGACGAUCCAAGGAUGGAGCCUUUGCCUAUGAGACCAGAACAUCAAGAUACUCAUGAUGGCUCUCCAACGCAAUCAAUAUUUGAUUCGAUCUUCUUGAAAGAGGAUUUCUCUGGCUCUUUCUUCAAGGAAGAACUGAACAUGACAAAGAAUCACGAUACGACCACCAGUCUUGGACAAGGCCUGAUCACAAUUGCGGACUCCAGCAGCAGAAGUCCCGAAGCCUUCUUCUCCAGGCAAAGCCAAAGUCCUUUGAAGAGGAAACGGACGAGUCGUAUGACUUCUCCAAACGAAGAAAGCACAGCUCGAUUUCGUCCCUAUCAAGAGCAGCAAUGGCGAGCGCAGUUCCAAAAGCUGGUUCAAUACAAGCUGGAGCAUGGACAUUGCUCUGUUCCUCAUGCUUAUCCAGAGGACCCUAUCCUAGCCCGAUGGGUCAAGAGACAACGGUACCAAUACAAAAAGUUCAACGAUAACAAUCCUACAUCGACAAUGACCACUUGUCGCAUCCAAGAGCUCGAAUCUAUUGGCUUUAUAUGGCACUCGCAUGCUUCCGCGUGGCUGGAGAAACUCAAUGAUCUCAGAGCCUUCAAGCAACGAACAGGUCACUGUAACGUCCCUUCUGACUAUCCAGCCAAUGUUGGACUUUCCACUUGGGUGAAGUGUCAACGUCGGCAAUACAAAUUGUACAUGGCUAGGUCUUCUUCUUCUUCAGCUGCGGCCACUCAUCGCUUCCAAGUAUUGGAUUCCUUGGGUUUUUUGUUUGAACCCCAACUUUCCAAACGAGGGGAUAUUUGA